GGUAGAUGCCGUGAUGGAUAGAAACUCUAUUUCGCAGGACCGUCAACUGCCGUAGCGGGGCCGUAUAUCAAACCCCGCAUCCGUACCAUCCGUCUCUCCGGAUCCGGUCUCUCCCUUUUAAGAAUCAACGACACUCAAAGUACAAUAGACUAUUACGGUCAACCUAGGCUCUUCAAACUCAUAGAUCAAACAUCUCAGUCAUGUCUUCUCCUCUUCGUAUUGGCUACGUGCCAGAGCACUUCUCAACUCCCCUCUAUUUUGCUCAGAAGCACUUCGGUCUCGAUGCGGAGCUGAUUCCCUUUCCUUCAGGCACCGGCCACAUGGUCACUGCUAUUCGAGCUGGUGAGAUCGAUGUAGCUGUUGGUCUGACUGAGGGUUGGAUUGCGGGUCUAGGCAAGGAGGGUAUUGAGGGUGAUGGUGGAUAUCGUCUUGUUGGCACAUAUGUUGAGACACCUCUUUGCUGGGCUAUCUCUACUGGUGCAAAGCGCCCUGAGAUCACCUCUGUUGACUCCCUCAAGGGCGGCAAAAUCGGCGUUUCACGCAUUGGCUCAGGAAGUUACGUGAUGGGCUUUGUCCUAGCCGAUCAGCAAGGCUGGUUGACCCCCGGCGCUGCAGAGAAGCCCUUCUCCGAUACAGUUGUUCUCAAUAACUUUGAGAAUCUUCGAAAUGCCGUCAACAGCGGCGAGGCCGACUUCUUCAUGUGGGAGCAUUUCACCUCCAAGAAGUUCUACGACUCUGGUGAGAUUCGUCGCGUUGGCGAGAUCUACACUCCCUGGAGCAGCUGGAAGAUCGUUGCUUCUACGAAGCUCACCCAGAAUGGUCUGGAUGCCCGUGUUAAGGACCUUUUCGGAAAGCUGGAUCAGGGUAUCAAGCACUUCAAUGACAAUCAGGAGGAAGCUGUCGCGUACAUCUCAAGCAGCCUUGGAUACACAGAACCUGAUGCCCGAGAGUGGCUCAAGACUGUCCGAUUCCCUACCAAGACUGAGGGUGUUCGGGCUGAGGUUGUUCAGAACACGGUUUCCAUCUUGAGAAAGGCGGGAGUUUUGGCUGAAGGCAAGGGCAUGGAGCCUCAGGCCAUGGUGUUCUCGUCAUAAGCUGGCCUUAAUGACCGAUCAAUUAGCAAAAACUACGAACUAGCAACUCCAAAUUUAUGGCUAUUCGUCAAUCCGAUCUUUUUCUCCCCGCCUUACCAUUUCGCCCACGGCAAUUCAUCACCGAGUUCACCGACCAAUUCUUAUAUCCCUAACGCUCCGAUUCGGUACACAUCCGCCGUAGGUGAUCGUAAAGAUGGGUUAACUGGUUGCAAUUUCUUCCAACAAGAGUCCUUUCUUCCAUAUCCCUGAUUACGUGAAGUAGAUCGAUGACGCGCUCUCUGUAAGUCUCAGCGCACAGCGGCCAUAGAUGCGCUGAAAUGAGUUCCCGAUGAAAU